GUACGGGCGUUUAGAGCGCGCCCGCUCGGCUGGAGGCAGGUGCGGAGAGGCGUGGGGGUCGGGAUGCCAGGGCCGCCCACAGUCGCGGAGCAGACGCGCCCCGAGCAGAGCGCGCCGGACCCGCGGCGCGCAGGCUUCGUGCUGGGGCUGGACGUGGGCAGCUCGGUGAUUCGCUGCCACGUCUAUGACCGCGCGGCGCGGAUCCGCGGCUCCAGUGCUCAGAAGGUAAAAAGUCUUUAUCCUCAAGCUGGCUGGGUUGAAAUUGAUCCUGAUAUUCUCUGGCUUCAGUUUGUUGCUGUAAUAAAAGAAUCUGUCAAAGCUGCAGGACUAGAGAUGAAUCAAAUUGUCGGUCUUGGCAUCUCAACACAGAGAGCAACUUUUAUUACAUGGGACAAGAAAACGGGAAAGCAUUUCCACAACUUCAUUAGUUGGCAAGACCUAAGAGCUAUUGAACUUGUAAAAUCUUGGAAUAGUUCUCUUUUAAUGAAGCUCAUACACAGCUCCUGCCGAGUGCUGCACUUUUUCACUAGAAGUAAACGAUUUUUAGCAGCCAGUUUGUUCACUUUCACAACCCAACAUGUUUCUUUGAGAUUGGCCUGGAUUUUGCAGAACCUGACUGAGGUGCGAAAGGCAAUUGAAGAGGAAAAUUGCUGCUUUGGGACUAUUGAUACCUGGUUGUUACAUAAGCUCACAAAAGGUUCUGAAUUUGCCACAGAUUUUUCAAAUGCCAGUACAACUGGACUUUUUGACCCAUAUGAGAUGUGCUGGAGUAAGCUCAUCACCUCCCUGCUUUCAAUCCCGCUCUUUCUGCUGCCUCCCGUGAAGGAUACGAGCCACAAUUUUGGAUCAGUGGAUGAAGAGAUAUUUGGCGUGCCUAUACCAGUAGUGGCCUUGGUUGCUGACCAGCAAUCAGCCAUGUUUGGAGAAUGCUGCUUCCAGACAGGAGAUGUGAAGUUAACCAUGGGAACUGGGACAUUUUUGGAUAUUAAUACUGGAAAUAACCCUCAACAGAGUGUUGGAGGCUUUUAUCCAUUAAUUGGGUGGAAGAUUGGGCAAGAAGUGGUGUGCUUAGCUGAAGGCAAUGCAGCAGACACCGGUACUGCCAUACAGUGGGCUCAACAGUUAGGGUUUUGUUGUUGUUGUUUGUUUGUUUUUGUUUUUGCAGAUCUGUUCACAGAUGCUGCUGAAACUGAAAAAAUGGCCAAAAGUUUGGAAGAUUCUGAAGGAGUUUAUUUUGUUCCAUCUUUUAGUGGAUUGCAGGCUCCAUUAAAUGACCCCUGUGCAUGUGCCUCUUUUAUGGGUUUGAAGUCUUCCACCAAUAAAUACCACCUUGUACGAGCAAUAUUGGAGUCCAUAGCUUUCAGAAACAAACAGUUAUAUGAGGUGAUGCAGAAAGAGAUCCACAUUCCUGUAAGAAAAAUCCGAGCAGAUGGAGGAGUUUGUAAGAACAGUUUUGUCAUGCAGAUGACUUCAGACCUGAUUAAUGAGACGAUAGACAGACCCGUCCACAUUGAUAUGUCCUGCGUAGGUGCAGCUUCUCUAGCUGGUCUUGCUGUUGGGUUUUGGACUGACAAGGAGGAACUAAAGAAACUGAGGCAAAGUGAAAUAGUUUUCAAGCCACAGAAGAAAUGGCAAGAAUAUGAAAAGAAUAUGGGAAACUGGGUCAAAGCAGUGAAACGCUCCAUGAAUUGGUAUAACAAGACAUAGCACUAACGGAAUGACUGAAACCACGCAUGGCUGGUUGCUGUGAUGUGCAGAUGAGACAAAGCUCAGGGACAACAAUACGACCAUGAAUGAGAGGAGAAGACUGGAGCUGAGCUCUGCAACCGGAGAGAAAAAGCACUGCUUUUAUGAAAACAAAACAAAACUCCUCAUUGAAAAAAUUCUAAACCUUGGUAAGAUUGUAAGGCAACAAUACCUCAGAACUUUUAACUCUUCUGUUUUGUAGCAAAUUCCAAAGGACGCUAGCUAUUUCCAACCAUGUUUUGACAGUCACGGGUCCUCCUCCUGUUUGUACUGGGCCAAUAUGAACAUAAUUGUUUACUAUCUGAGUUAAUAGUUCCGGGUCAAGCACUGUUCGUGUUUUGUUCCAAAAUGAUGUGAAAAGUGUUUCCUUAAUUCUUUAAAAUGAAGUGGGCUCUUUGAAGCCCAUAUAGUUAAAAAGAAAGAAUAACCAAGAAAAUGUGGAAUUUUGAUAUUUGAAUUUUAAUAUUUUCUAUUUAAAGCCAUAAUUGUUCAGUGUUGUAUCCAAAUAUUAGCUCAAUGUGUCUCUCUUAGAUAGGCUCAUUUGGUAGUCAAUUCUUUCCCUUAUUGGGUUUAAAGACACUGCCUUAAUUUUUCCUUGUUUAACCAAAAUCUGAGCUUUCUUUAUAUAUUGAAAAACACUGAAAAAAAUCAUUUUAGUUAAUAAAACCAAAAAGGGUAUUGAUUCAUAAGGAAUAGGAGAAUACUUUCCUUCUCAGAUAGCAUUUCUUUCAAAAAUUUCUGGGUAAAGUAUAAAAUCUCAUUUUUUACAAAAUACACGUAGUAAAUAUAAAUCUUGCCUUUCUUCUCCUCUUCUCUAUCCUUCUUACUUGUUGAGAUGCUGGUGUAAACGUCUUUUGUUUUUAUUAAGUGCCUAGUCGACAGAGCUUAAUUUGAAGAAAGUGCCCUAAUUUAUUGCUGACUUAAGAAUUGCCUUCAUUGGGGUAUUUUGCUUGUCCAGGUAUCUUUCUUGUUUUUGUCCAAUCUACUCACCUCUCUGAGAUUUGUGCAGUGAGGUAGCUGACAGAGGGGAUGGGAGUGUAGUCAAGCUAGUGACUGCCCCUCAGCCACUGAGCCAGAGAUCCACAGAGAGGAACAGCAUGAGUCCUACAUUUUCAAACUCACUUGAUAGAAACAGGGUAGAGUAAGGUAAGAGCUAAGAGUUGUGAGUAGCUUCAGGCCAGAUGUAAACUUGUCCUAAGGCAAGUUGACCACCUUCCAACAUGUUCUCAUGUUAUUUGCCCCUCCCUGUUUUGGGGCUAGGUUCCUUUUAGAUUUGCAGCAAUAAUGUAUUUAUUUCCCUCUUGGUCAGGCUUUAUCAUAUCACAUAAAGUCCUACUGUUAUAGAACUCACUGUUAAAUAAUAAUGUAAUUAAAGAAGUGACUGUUAUAGGGAAGUUUGCUGUUACUAUCAUGUACGUCCAUUUCAGAGACAGGUAAUAGACAUUAGACUUGGAAAUAUUUUUGUUAAGCCAAGGUGUUUUGUUUACUGUAAUAAGUCAGAUCCCCUUAUGUAGAUAACAUCUUACUCGUUUCAUUCUUUCUGUUAUUCACAUCCUUUUUUACAAAACUUAGUGGCCAAUUAAAAGCUUUCUUAUCAAAGUCAUAUGAAAGCCACUCUGUUUUACUAUUUCUUACAGAGUCUGCUCCUCAGUGGGUAUGAUGUCCAUAGGAAAUAAUUGUCUUUUUGUAUUAGGAUGUACUGAAUUGUGAUAUUAUUAAUACCUAAACAUUUGUUAUUUCAUUCAUUUUCCACAUUGUUCUUUCUCAUCAUGAAAUCACAAAAUAAAGGUGAAAUAUCUUUUAGAUAAUGUGGAAAAAUAACUUUGAAUAUCUUUCUACUGGAAUUGAGCAUCUCCUCAAAAAUCAGUGGCUAAUUUUUUCUUCCAUUAGUUUAGAAGUUAAUCUUCUAUUUUUAAUAUGUCUGGCCUUUUUUUUAGUAACACAGUUUACUAGAUCUUUUGUCAGAUUUGACCUAAAUCAGAAACAUGACCACAUUUGCUUUUGUGGUUGUAGAAAGCGCUGAUUAUCAGAAUCAAUUUAGCAAAAAAUUGUCCUUUCAAGUUUAUUUUUCAUACGUAUGCUAAUAAUUGAAGUUAAAAAAAUUUCUAUGCUAAUAUUUCUCAGCAUGUUUUAUUUCCUCACUAUGGGUCUAUCAGAUAAUUUUAGGAGAUCUGUAGCUAUCUUAUCAAGGAGGAGAAUCUUCCUGUACAAUCCUUCCUAAAGUGGUACUAAAUGCUUUUAUACUAUAGACUUACUGAUUUUUCAAUUUUUUUAUAUCCAACCAUGACAUGGUUUCUCAACCUCAGCAUCUUUGACAUUUGAGGACAGAUAAUUCUUUGGUUUUGGGUGCUAUGUAUUAUAGGAUGUUUACCAGAUCCCUGACCUUUACCCACUAGCAUCCAUCUACUUAAUGAUGGCAAAAUGUCUCCAAACAUUGCUAAAUGUCCCCUGGGAGACAAAAUCACCCCCGCAGUUGAGAACCAGUGAUGUAGACUGUUGGAAGAAAAUUGAAGACUCAGUGAAUGUAAAGUGUCUAUCAUACUCCUUUUCUCUCUGCUUCAUUUUUACCUUAGGAAAUAGUUGUUAGCAAAAAGAAGUAGUAGUAUCUUAAAGUAAAUAGCGUUUCUGCUUUGCUGGUUAAUGAGGUGGGGAAAAAAUGUCAUGCUGUAAUUGUCUUCUGCUGUUUUUAUCCACCUACCCUCACCCCCAUGUCUGCAUUCUCUGUGGUCUUAAUGAGUGAAUUUAUGACUUCAGUAUGGGAUUAAUGUAGUCUCCAGAUCAUCUUUGAUUUGAUCUGCCUUUUUGUUUCCUUUUCAUCUCUGAACAAAGGAGAUGAUUACUCUUUUAUCUGCCUCUGCGCAAGCCUCCACCAAACUAGAAGUUCCCUGAAAGCAGAAAACAUGUCUGCUUCCACAGAACUUAACUCUGUGCCUUCAUAUUUGUGGGAUGAAUUUGUACUUUGUGUUUGUAAGUGCAACUUUUUUUGCAUGUACAUUUUGUCCUUGAUGUUACAUGUGUUUCUUGAUAGGGAGCAGCUUCUAUUUGAUGUUUUGUUGGAUUAAGAAGGACUACUUUGUUAUGAGAACUAGAAUCCUCAUACUGUUUAUUCUUAAAGUCUUUGUAUGUUUAUAUAUUUGCAUAUCUAUUUGUGUAGAGAUACACAUCCAUAAAUAUACAUAUUAACUUUCGAAGGUACAACUGAAGCCUUCCUAUUCACAGGUUUUGUGUAUUUGACUGCAGUUGACUAACAGAUUGAAUCUUAGGAAUGCCAAACACUCUCAUGUUAGAGGGAAGAAACUUUAGAAAUACCCGCUUUUGCAAGGCACUUAUACUGAGGACCAGUCUUUAAUUUGAAAAGUAAUCUAGCCCAGGAGUUUGGCAGUAAUUUUAAAAUUCUUUGAGGUGAGACAUAGCUGGACCCUGGGGCUCUUCAACUUUAAGUGAUUCUAAUCAUCCCAGAGAUAGCCUAGAAGGCUUUAAUCUAUCCCAGCGGAUUCUGAAUCCCUUUGGGAAAUUUAUAUCAUGUUUCUCAAUUAAAAUUAAAAGCCCAAAACACACCCUGGAUCUAUCUGGUCCCAGAGUCCUCAUCUUGCAUACUCAAAUCCAGGUCAUCUGGUUCAAACCAGCCUAAAGGGGUAACUCCAGAGAAGUCAAAUAGGCCGUCAAGAAUCACAUUGUUUUUUAAAGUUUUGGAUAGUCAUAGCUGUAAGUAUUUUGGCACCAGCAUCUAUUGUGAGUCACUGGUUAUUUUGUCACCAUAUUCCCAUGGGACCUUUGCCCCUAGAAGGAUGCAGGAAUGAUCAUGGGAAUGGGAAUGAUAGAGGCAGGAACCUGCAGAAUCAGAUGUUUCGGAAAUUCUCUGUUAUUCUAUUUCCAUUGUCUUUCCCCCCACUUUACAUUACAUUUGGUUUAUUAAAAUAAAAUGGAUGUGUCUGUAUAGAUACCUAUGUUGUGUAGAAAAUAAAUGAUAAGGUUUCCAAUCUAAAUGAGCCGUAUCUUUACAAGAAACUGCCAAACUGUUUUGCAGAAUAGCUGCACCAUUUUACAUUCCCACCAGCAAUGUAUGAGGGAUCCACUUUCUCCACGUUGUCACCAGCAUUUGACGUUGUCACCGUUUUUUAUGUUCGUCCACUGUGAUAAGUGUGUGGUUUUCUCAUUGUGAAUUGAAUUUGCAUUUCCCUAAUUAAUAAUGAUGUUGAACAUCUUUUCAUGUGCUCUUUUGCGAUCUGUUUAUCCUCUAGUGAAAUGUCUGUCCAUAUCUUUUGUCCAUUUGCUAAUUGGGUUGUUUGCUAAAGGAGCCAUAUCCUUAAAGGAAUAUCCUUUUUAAAAACUUUUUAAAAAAAUCAGUCCAGUGACUUAAGAAGUCAUUAAGUAGCAUUUUCAAAUCCUUCUGGGCAAAAUGUAUAUAGCAUUUGAACAUGACUUUGUAAUGUACUGAGCAGAAGAGCUCUUGUAUUUCUUACAUACUUAUUAUGUAGUGUGGUACUAACACUGUAUAAUAGCAAAAAAGUUUCAAAGACACCUUUACUUAGAAUGUUAAGUAAAGUGUACAAAUACAUGUUUUGUACAUAGGUAUCAUAAUCCUAAAAAUAUUUUUUAUUUAAAAUAAGCUGAUUUGUGUAAAUAUUUCAGAAUGAUUUUGUGGAAAAUUAAUUCAAAAUUUUUCUAUUUGUGCAAGACAGUUAAUAUAGAUUCCAAUUUGUAUGCAUCAGUAAAUUUAUAAUUUUAUUUCUCUCAUGUUCUUUAUGAAUUUCAUAGUUUUAUUAAAUGGUCAUUGAGAACAUCAUAAAUCAUUGUUAAAAUCUAUAGAUAAAAUCAAGGAUGCAGAAUAAAAGGAAUCUUUUUCAUGUGUAUGGGAAUUUUCCCGUUACCUUUUGUCUACUUUAACUUUUGGAUUUAUUUUUUAAUUUUACCUGGAAAUUCUUAUUUAAUACCAUUUCUUGUUUUGGUUUCUGCACAUUAAGAACGUCACAGAGAAAUAAGCAUAUGUUAACUUCGGUUGUGACUCAAGAUAAAUUUGGGCUUGUGUUUCCCUUUUAACUGGAAGAAGAAAAAAAUGAGGCUUAAUAUGGUUAGAGAAGAAAGGUUUUCUGUAACCCUGCCUCUUUAGAUCCUGUUUAGGCUUAUUCUAUACUCUACAUUCUUGCACAGAGGAAAUUACUAGAGAUGAGAGUUAAUUCUUUGUAGUGGAAAAAAGAUGAUACAAUCUAUUGUGAAAAUAUACUGUAUAUUUAAAUGUUUAGAAAAAUUUUAAAUAACUGGAAGAAACAUACUUUCAAAUGCUAAUGUGACGGAAUUAACCUAGCAGCUGUUAAAAUCCAUUAUAAAAAUUAUCAUUAAAAUUAUUUGGGAAAUUAAAACGAAACAGUGAAUGAUCUGUACAUAUUGUGUAUUAAAGCCAUUUUUUUUUUUAGUGUUUCUCUCUUCGUUGCUUCACAUCCGCACACAUAAAUAGCGACAUCCCGAUGAUGAUGGCAGAGGAUUCAGUCGGACAAUCUGGAUUCCAUUCCCUGACCGAAGGGGAGCCCAUGGUUCAUUCUGUAGUAGGGAUUUUGAAGGAUAAUAAACAUUCAAUUAUUUGAAGAAAGAAA